AUGGACUCCACUCCUGACAAUUCCGUGCUGUGCUCCCGCUGUUCGCGAUCUACGGCAACGCCUCUGUAUAGAACUUGUCCCGCCUGCCGCGAAAAGUCCCGCCUCCAGAGACUUCAUCGUCGUUUGCUUGCUACUGGUGGGGGACCGACGUCCGUCUCUACCAUACAAUUUUCCCCUCAGUCCGCGGCUUCGCCCCAACCUGUGCAACGUACGCUCUGCUCACAUUGCGCCCAACCCUGGCAGUCUCCCCGGUAUAAAACAUGUGAUCGUUGCCGCCGGUGGAAACAGGGGCAGCGCCGGCGCCGGCUCGCGAACAUACCGGAAACUCUCUCGUCUAUGGAGCUUACCGCUGCCUCUCGAGACGGCUUUUCUGCUCCCAGUGUAUCUCACCUACAUCGGAGAACCCGGUCUUUGCCCAUUCAACGACAAAAUCAUACUAGGCAAAGAAUACUUCAACCACGGACGCACCACGACGCUCUGCACCAGGCCAUCGGUUUCCUGUGUGAUGAAUAUCGCCACCAUGCAUUUGCUUCCCAAUCAUUCCCGCCUGAUAUAUCGCCUUCUGAUAUACGGAAAUCCGUUUCCCGAUACGAGGAAGAGACUUCAACAGCUACGAAAGUAUCUGUGUGUAGUUCGUGCGGGAGAUUUGUUUUACUUGCUGAUCUACACUAUAUGGACGACGAGGAUCCUUUGCUACUGCCCCUGAAUGGUUUUCUUGAUCGCUGUGGCCGCCAUGAACAAUCCUGGGGGGUGUGCUCUUCCUGUCACGGAGCUCUUGCUCGUGCGGCCAUCCCCAAAUUCUCCGCCAGAAAUCUGGUCAAUGUUACUCUCUACCAGAAUUACCCACCCCCCCUAGAGGAUCUUACCUUGACUGAAGAGUAUACUAUCGCAAGAUGUCAUCCGCUAGGUCUGAUUUUGAAGUUACGUCCAGGCAGUCGCCUUUCCUCUGUCAGCCACCGUGCGCUGCGAGGUCAUUUCAUUGUCAUCCCCCAGGAUCCUGGUCCGCUGCUUCAAAUCCUGCCAAGUGCGGAAUUAAGGUUGGACAAUCUCAUCAAAGUUUUCUGGGUAGGGGGUCGUCCCCCAUCAGACAGUGACCUAAGACCAUAUCUGGUUAUUCGGAAAACUAAGGUCCUAGAGGCUUUGCAAUAUCUCGUUCAACAUAAUCGUUUGUAUCGUGGGUUGGUAAUUAAUCAACCGAUGAUGGAUACCUGGAGCGACGAAUUCAUCCCAUCCGAGCUACGGGAUAAUAUUAUCCCACUUCACGAGCCAGACCACCGUGAACGUGAGGGAUACACUGUCAAUCUGGCGCAGGGUAAUUUUGAGAAUGAUCUCCAAGAAGCACAGCACGAAGCCACACAUAAUCAAAGUUUGGACCCUGAUAGUGCUACACACUUCCUAAGUGGCUCCGUUUCCACAGACAUCAACGGUGAACGACAGAACCCUGACGUACGUAUGCUGGACACUUUAUUUGAUGUGGUCACCAAUAAUUCACGCACAUCCGGACAAUGCGACAUAGACAGUCCCGACGAUACUUACAGCCGCUCCAUUGCCGACCAACGGAUGCCAGCAAUUUCUUAUACAACCCGUGCUCGGGUCGCAUUAAUGGAUCCGUGGUCGGAUGCUCAUUACUUUACUGCCGCCUUCCCCACCCUGUUUCCGGAGGGGGUCGGCGGCCAUUUAGAUGAGCGUGCUAUCCCGGUGUCUCUGGGCUCUCUUGCUGAGUGGGCUCUAAAUCACCAUAGCAGAAGGUGA